AUGAGUUUCAGUAAAAGAAAGAUAUUUGCGUCGGAUACGUCUGAUGAAGAUGAUAGUUUCAAUCAUCGACGUAGUUCUCUGAGAGUCAACUUGAGUUACAGCAAGAUUCUAACAGAUUCUGGCAAUGGAUCUCUCUGGAGAACAGAGAUCGAGACUGACCAAAGGAGAGUGGACACGGCGCAAACUAUCAAAAGAUUAUCAAGAAAGAAAAGUAUGUAUGAGAAGAAUCACCAAUCUGAUUUUGACAACAAAGGUAUGCGAGCCAUAAACGAUACAGACAAGUGUGCUGUAGAUAAAAACAAUGAUAAUUCCAUUGGAAUCAAGAAAGGAAUACAGCUGAAACGUCUUACAAUAAAUCUGGAGGAUAUAAGUACCAAAGAACGCUACCUUGAAACAAAUUGCAACCGUUUGAAGGAUGCAAUCUUAUCCAAAACUAAACAGAUAUUUGACAGAGAGAACGAGCUUUCUGUAAAAAUUACGAAAGUAUUGGGAAAUGAGAAAAAUGGUUUUGCAAGCAGUAUUCAUAAUCCAAACACGGGAAACGGAACAGUUAUGCUGGACAUGACUAAUCUGAAAGAGACAGCAGUCAGCAAGCGUCAACAAUAUACUCAUAAUGUGAACGAUCGGAAAAGAGAGGAUCAAUACUCCAAUAUUGUUACUACACCAUCAAAUAAUGACAGACGAAGCUUCGAGAAAAGUAUAGAUAAAUCUAGAUUAAUUCAAAGACGAUUGUUUGUUGAGGAGGAUAAGCAGGUAGAAGGGCAAACAAAAUGUAGAAUUAUCGAAGAUGUUGUUCUGAAGAAAAAUUUUCCAUUAUUUUCUCUAAGACAAGUAACUCAAAGCAGUAGUCCUAUAUUAAGCGGCAGUAACAAAAGACUCAGUUUGGUCAGGAGAUCUAAGUUGCAUUCUCAAAAUAAGAUUGAAAAUCUGAACAACACAUUCUCGACCAUACAUUCCAUUCAGAAUUUCGAUAUAGAAACACCUGUUGUUUGCUCUACUUUCAUUGAGAAUAAUGCAACGGACGAAAAAGAAAUUAACAGUGACGAAUCUCGUGACACACAUACAACGACUAAAGUAAUGUCAAUGGAGAUGACGGAAGUUCAUGGAGGCAUUCAUAUGAGUGAAAAGCGCAUAUCUGUACAAAAUAGGAAUUCAUAUAUGAAUAAUUAUAGCGAAAACAAGGAAGAGAAAUCUAAAAAAGAAAGUAUAGAGCGAAACAAAACAGGAAUUAGUUCGAGACUAGAAGAUGAACUUAACAAAAUUACUCAAAGUAAUGUACUGCAAGCACAUGAGCACGACAGUAAAGCUGAAUGUCAAAAUGAGCAAUGUAAUAUGAUGUCUCUGUCUAAUAGCAAUAACACAAUUCGAUCAUCUUUAAAUGUAAAUACUUCAUUGGAUGCAAUGACUGAAACUAGUGAAGCAAGGAACGUUUGGAAAUCAAGAAAUCACGGAACGGACAAUACCAAUCGAAAUUUCAAAGCUAUUAAUAAUAAAGAAUCAGUAGUUUUGAAUGAUCAACGCGAAAGCACAAAUACGAAUCGAACUUCGUUGCAAAUGAAUACAUCGGUAGAUUCGAUGCACAAAACAUGGCGAAGGAGAAGCGAUAAAGAUCAUUCUAGUACGGAUAUGGAAUGUUCAUCAACAGGAGAUAAAGAAAUAAAUGAUAUAGACUCUUUAGAAAACAUCAGUUUAACUGAGAGAUUAAGAAAUAUCUCUAUGAGAAAUGAGAUUUCUCAUAAAGCUAAAUUAAAAGUCUCUAAAAUGAAGGAUGAAGACAAAAGACGCUCGAGUAACAGUAGAGAUAGCAACAGUUACGUGGAGGGAACUCCAUAUCCAAUAAGCCGCUCAGUUUUGUUCAGAUCACAAUUAAAAUAUAAAACGCAACAUUUGGAUGAUACAGUCACCUGUGGCAGCAAUUUAAAUUCAUUAGAAAAUGAAAAAAAAGAUGAUAAAACUAAGUCAUUUGCUUCGCAUUCAAAAGUUUCAAAUGAACUGCAUAUGUCGACUGGAAUGCAAAAAACAACAGAAGCUAACUCAGUUAUUUUGGAAGAUACACCUAACCAGAAUUCUUUUGUUACCCAAAAUCAAUUAACGGUCAUCAAAGAUACGUCUGAUGGAAUAAAGUCUAAAACAGGCGAAAAUAUAUUUGUACAAAAUACGGAAUGUACUCUAGUGAAAAAGAGAAGAUUAUUGCCACUUACCCAAAUUUCUCAAUAUUCAAUCAGCCCAAUAGAAGAAAGAAAGUGUACACCUGAGGAAUCGGCGUGUACAAAACUAAAUAAAAGGACGAAGAAAAAACCUCCAAAAAGAAAAUCAAUAUGUUCCAAGAAUACAAAUAAUAUCAAGCACGAUACUCCAAGUAAACAAAUGCAGUCAGACAGUGAUUGUGAUAUACUUGAAAAUGAGAAAAAAGAGAAGAAAACGCGAAAACCGAAAAAGGUUAUUAGCAAGAAGAUCUGUAUCAAGAAAUUUGCCGACGAAAAAGUGUUGAAUAUAUUAGAAAGGAGUAGACAGAAUAAAACAAAUAAUUUAGUAGAAAGUAGAGAUUCCUUAAAUGAUUUCGUAAAAUGUUGCACAAUAUCUACUCAAUGGAACAAAUACAAGUCCCAAAAGAUCAUCAUCGUAACAACUGGAUUAUCAAAAGAGGAUAAAAGUUUGAUAAAGAGUAUCGUCAAAUCACUUGGCGCGGCAGAGUUGGAGUUAAAUGUGUCAAAACGGACGACUCACGUUGUGAGUACGGGUGUGCGUACAGUGAAUCUCCUCCGUGGUAUAAUAAGGGGCUGUUGGCUCGUUACUUUAGAGUGGGUUCUGAAAUCCUUGGAAAACAACAAAUGGCUGAAUCCAGAGACGUUUGAGAUGAAACAUUUCUCUAAAGCUGUACAGGAAAAUCGAAAAGACAGGCAAUUAUUUGGACCCUCAUAUAUCCCAGAAUUGUUCGGCGCAUGUGGAUUUAUAUACGUCGAGCACAAAACAACCGUACCAUGUAAUACGCUCAAAGAACUUAUAAAGACAGCAGGCGGACACAUUACCGAGAAUACCAAGCUUGCUAAAAUUAUUAUUGGCACAAAUGGCCUAAAGGAAACCUGGGUUAUAGAUUCUAUUACAACGGGUGAACUACAACUGACUAAGCUUUAUCAAUGGAAUAACGCGAAAUAGACUGAAAGUACUUGUCCAAAUAUCAUACAAAUUG